GAAUUUCCUCAUGUAGUUACAAACCAGCAGGAGAGUUUCAUUGUGAUCGUUUUUACUAAGUCAAAACUCCAUACAAAAACCAGUGUUACUUUUGUGGGUGAACACCUCCAGAGGUAUCAUAAUUUUCUUCAGCUAUGACAUCAACUAAAAUGCUAACACGCAGAGACUCCUAUAAACAGACGGACGCCAAGUUUGCGUUGUUGGGGGCAAGGAACGUGGGCAAAUCUGCAAUCGCAGUAAGAUUCCUCACGAAACGUUUUAUCGGCGAGUAUGACUCAUCCCAGGACUCUACGUAUCAGUUCAAUUCGACUAUUGACGAAGAGCAGGUUAACUUGGAGAUUAUAGACCCAGGUCCAGAGUCAAGAAACGAACAAACUGUGGGAAGUCGAGCGAUCUGGGCCGACGGUUUGAUCCUCGUCUACUCAAUAACCGAUCGGAAAAGCUUCGAGGAAAUACAACACCUUCAUAAUCUCAUUGAUCCUUUUAAGCAAAAAACGGUCGUCAUCAUCUUCGGCAAUAAAUCGGAUCUCGAACACAAACGACAAGUACCCGAAAAAGAAGCCGCCUCACUUGCAGAAAAAUUACAAUGCUCGUUCUUUGAAGGUUCGGCAUCCGAAGGACAUACGAAGAUCUCUGAGGCAUUUCACGAGCUCUACAAAGAGGUCGCCAAGAGGAAAAAAGAAAGAAAGGUGUCUCUUUCACCUCGCCCCUUAAGAAAUGCUCUUGGAAAAGUUUUCCGAAGAAACAGCAGUAAAAACUUGCUACUGUCUCCUUCAGGUGCACUCAUUACAUAGCAACAUCUCAAUUUGACCUUUAACCUCCCAGGAUCUGUUUUGUAAUUCGCCCUUACAAUUGCCAGACUUAAUUACAAAUCAAUAAAGGAGGUAAGAUUUUAAAGAAACAGUGGUGUUAUACAGGAGAUUAUAACAAGGUAAUUUGGUACUAUCCACUGAGUUGGCUACCAACUGACUCAGUUGAUAAUGCCAAAUUACUGUGCUUACAAAUCAGUUCUGAGAAUUUGAAGUUAUCAUUCACACAUCCAGCUAGCUGGAUAAUGUAUCAAUAUUUAAACAAAGUAAGAUGUUAAUCACUUCUGUAAGGUUAAGGCUUGACGCCAUCCCAUUGAGCGAUUUCUUGUAUUUUUUCCACAUAUCACAAGCAGCUUUUAUGCUGCACUUUAUGAGUGGCUCACAAGCCUUAAAAUACCAUGUAAAAUACAAGAUUUUUGAAUGAGUGAACACUGAAACACGAAUAUCUGUCAAUAAUCCUGAGCAGGAUAAUAAUUGUGUUACUAUUGUUGGCAAGUUCUAGGCUGAGGGACUUUCUGACUGAUAGCUUUGAACCAGACCACUACUAUUGUAAGACAACAGUAUCACUUUUAAAUGUGAGAGAACUGAUAAAUUUUCCAAUUUUUUUACUUCACAUGAAAGAUCCAUGAAGCACAUGUAAACCUUCUUGUAACAGCUCACAAAGUACAAUCAAAGGCAUAACACCCAUUUGCCAGAGAGAAUAUAGCUUCAAAACAUAUUUAUCCAUAAACCACAUUUGCUGCUAAGGAUCAGCUCUGUACAGUUAAUGUCCAAACAGUUGCCAAUCUCAAUACCAUUGGUUCAAUAUAUUUCCUUCAAUCUGGUUAUCAAUACUUCUCUAGAGCAGCAUUCAUCUGUGAUUUUCCCCAUAUGAGUUAUUGCAUUGCUACUUUUUAAGUCUGAGAUUGAAUCUUAUCAAGAAGAUGUUCAAUUUGGUUGGCCAUAAUUGGCUGGCCUUUCCUUGUUCGUCGAUUCAACCGACCAAAGGUUUCUCUGCGCUUUUUCAUCUUUUCCUGAACCUCCUCUCUGUGUUUUUGUAUCAUUGUUUCCCUUUCCUACACAUUGAAAGAAAAUAAUCAGCACACUAAACUUAGUGAGAAAUGCCAUGGCAAAGUAUUAUUGACAAAAGAAAUGAUGAUGAUGGGUUUUUCAAUUGUAAAGAAAGAUCUGAUUUUUUAGUUCAUUCCUCUUGACUGUGAAACAGUGGAGAUAGAUACUGAAAGGACAAAAGAAGUAAAAGAGGUUCAGAAACAUGUAGCAGAAUAAUAAAUCUGGAGAGCCCUGGUUCAAACAUGCUUCAGUGGCAUACAUGUAGGAACAAAUAAAUCAGAA